GUGCAGUCAGAGUGCUUGGAAGGUCGAGCGUUUGGAGGUGCAGCGGAGCGCAUCGUCGUGCAGGCUACGUUCUUCGUCGAGGUCGCGUCGGCACGCGUGCGGGAGUGCGGCUUUUGUCUGGCCGGGCCAGUUGGCAAGAAAGCAUCGGGAAAAGCGGCCGUGACCAGAAUCAAAAAUGCCUAAGCCGAUCAAUGUUCGGGUGACCACCCUGGAUGCGGAGAUGGAAUUCUCCAUCCUGCACACCAUUUACGGCCGGCAGCUCUUCGACCAGGUCGUGCGCACCAUCGGACUCCGCGAGAUCUGGUUCUUCGGCCUCCAGUACACGGACCUCAAGGGCUCCAUCGGAUGGCUCAAGAUGGACAAGAAGGUCUCCUCGCACGACAUCCGCAAGGAGAACCCGGUGCAGUUCCGCUUUCGCGCCAAGUACUUCCCGGAGGACGUGUCCGAGGAGCUGAUCCAGGAGGCCACGCAGCGACUCUUCUACCUGCAAAUCAAGGAGGGCAUCCUCUCGGAGGAGAUCUACUGCCCGCCCGAGACCGGCGUGCUGCUCGCCUCCUACGCCGUGCAGGCCAAGUACGGCGACUACAGCAAGGAGAAGAACCCGCCAGGGUACCUGGCCAAUGAGAAGCUGCUGCCCUCACGUGUGUUGGAGCAGCACAAGCUAUCAAAUGCCCAGUGGGAGGAGAGGAUACAAGCGUGGCAUUCGGAGCACAAUGGGAUGUUGCGAGAGGACGCCAUCAUGGAGUACAUGAAGAUUGCUCAGGACCUGGAGAUGUACGGGGUCAACUACUUUGACAUCAAGAACAAGAAGGGCACCGACCUUCAGCUGGGCGUCGACGCGCUCGGCCUCAACAUCUACGAGAAGAACGACAAGCUGACUCCCAAGAUCGGCUUUCCGUGGAGUGAGAUCCGCAACAUCUCCUUCACGGAUAAGAAGUUCUGCAUCAGACCCAUCGACAAGAAGGCCCCGGACUUUGUGUUCUACUCGCCGCGUCUGCAGACCAACAAGCGCAUCCUGGCGCUGUGCAUGGGCAACCACGAGCUGUACAUGCGGCGGCGGCAGCCCGACUCCAUCGAGGUGCAGCAGAUGAGGGCGCAGGCCAAAGAGGAGAAGCACGUGAAGCUGCAGGAGAGGGCUUUCCUGGAGAACGAGAAGAAGAAGCGCGAGAAUGCCGAGGUGGAGCGGCAGCAGUCGGAGAGGGAGAAGCGGGAGCUCAUGGUUCGCCUGCAGCACGUGGAGGAGCAGACACGCAUCGCCCAGAAAGAGCUGGACGAACAGAUGCAGCGUGCCGCCCGCCUGGAGGAGGAGCGACGCAAGGCCCUGCAGGAGGCAAAGAAGCUGGAGGACCAGAAGAGGGCGGCCGAGGAGGCCAGGGCCAGGCUGGAGCACGAGACUCACAACCAGAGGAUGUCUCAGGAGCAGCUGGCAAUCGAGUUGGCUCAGUACACGCAGCAGAUCUCCUUGCUUGAACAGGCCAAGCAGAACAAGGAGAUGGAGGCCAAGGAGUGGCAACAGCAGGCCGAGCUUGCUCAGGACAACCUCCUGAAAACCAGGAAGGAGCUUGACGAAGUGACGAGGGCCCCCAAGGUGGUGCCGCACAACAACUCGGCUCCCGCCCAGACCCUCAUCCUCGUGGGCCAGCCCAACGUCCACUCGCCCGCUCCGCACGAGAAACAGUUCGGCUUCUCAGACCAUGACAUGAUGUACGAAAACGCCCACGGCCGAAACGGAGGCUACGUGCAGCAGCACCAGCAGCAGCACCAGAAUCAGAUGCCUGGCCUGCCCAACCCACCGUCACCCUCCGACCUCUACGGGGACUACCAGGAGGACGGGGACGAGGGCAGUGCCGAGCUGCCCUCGUACGGCUACGGCUUCAACAACGACCGCAACGAGGAGAGGCGCGUCACCGAGAUGAUGAAGAACGAGCGCGUCAAGUUGCAGCUGCAGGCACUCAAUGACGAGUUGGCCAAGGCACGGGACGAGACGAAAAAGAAUCAGAUGGACAUCCUCCACAGCGAGAACGUGAAGGCGGGCCGCGAUAAGUACAAGACCCUCCGGCAGAUCCGCCAGGGCAACACGAAGCAGCGCAUCGACGAGUUCGAGGCCAUGUGACGGGAUUUCACGAACACAAAACGAUUGCACAGCCCACACGAGCACCAACGUGGGAACACGCGCGCAUCGCCAAUGCACCGUGACGGUGUGAGCACUCAAAUUCAUUACACACGCCGGUUGAUUCAGAUACUCGCAUGCACGUCCGCUAAAAUGACACUUGUCCUGGUCUCUUACGUUCACACCGGGUGAAACAAAACAGGGGGCACGAACAGGGCUAAGCAGCUAAUACAGUGCUUGCGACGCGGACGCAUUUAUAUAUUGUGUACAUGCAAAUUGUAUUGUAAUGCAAUCUGGGGUAGUCGUGGGGGUAGAGGAGGCACCUAUGUACUCGGUGUGAAACUUCCUGAACCUUUUCCCGUUUCGAUAAUGUACCUGUACGUCAUCAGUUUUUCUUCCGGCUCUGUUCCAAUAACGUUUGCAAUGAUGUACGUGAACGGAACAGGAAGAAAAAAUCUAAUAACGUAACUUUAUCGGUACCGAGGCUCCCACAAGGCCAUGCGGGGAGGGUGUGUAGCACUGUUUGGCGCAAGCUUUCGUAGAGUGCGGUCGUGUCGCUACGGUUCUCUGCGGUGAGUAACAAUGUGUUUUAAAAACAACGGCGCUACCCCUCUCAAUAAAAUGAACAGUGAACCGCUUGCGCGUUCUGAGAUUCGGGUAGGGACAUCUCGGAACAGGAAAGGGUUAGGUGGGGGAAGUCUUUAACAGCAGACAUUGGUGAUGUUGUCAGCUGUGUGCCUGCAGAAAGAUCUUGAAGGGGGAAGGAAGUGAUGGAGACAUUUGGUAGCCCUCAGCCACACUGUGACCCCUUGAUGACCUUUUUAGAUUUCACUAUAGUGCCUUCCCAUCCUUCGUGGUAGCAUGUUUUCUCCUGCUGCAGAGAUUCACGGUUCGAAUUCAGCGGGCUGCCCUGGAUAUUACUGCAAGUGUAUAAACCGUACUACCUGUCGUCUGCUUCACAGUGGACUUGUAAUUCGCAAGACUAGGCCAUCGUGUACCGGCGUCGUUGUCAAACAUUGGUCACUUGUUUAUUUUAACCUUCAAAUUACUCAAUUAGUGACUAUCCAUAGCAAUCAUUGCUCACCCUACUGCGAACAAUGUGGCAGUACCCUCUUGAACUAUAGUCAUGAGACUCGGAGAGGCUUUUCUGGGUUAAACAAGCGUAAUAAUAAUAUAAAUACACCAAGAGGAGAUUUUUCUGAAUUGGGGGGGGGGCAGUUUAAGUUGGGCGGGGGGUACUGAUGUUCAUUUUAGAGAGGAGGCAUGUGAGGCCCCCCCCCAUUAGAAUCGCCACUCGCGCUAAAUUGCAUCACGCAGGUUCCCACGCGCGCUUGCACGAGCAAUCGCGCUGCUGCACAAUGCGAAACAGUGCGAGUGUUUACGCUUUGCUCCCGUCCAUGUAAUCUGAGCAGUGAAUUUAUGAGAGUGGGCUAGCAGGGGCAUAUGUUUGCGCGUGCACCACGUUGUGUUGUGCCUGUGCAAAUACCGUUCGGCUAAGAAGAAGCAAGGUUGAAAAUUGUCCGAUGCAUCAAUUGCAUUGCAUGCAUGCAUGCGAUAUCGCUGUGCCUGCAUACACACACCACCAAUGGCCUUUCAAGUAACCAAAAAUUAUGAACAUUGUAUGCAAUUUGUCCUAUUUGGUUGUAAUAUUUAUAUGUUCGUUUGGGUUUUACGGUGUAUAAUAGUUCACAUUAAGAAAUGUGUUUUUUUUAAAUAUAGCUUUUAUAUAUGUUUCUGUUGGUUUAGUAGAAUUAAGGGCUUUCAAAUGGUUUCAUUUCCUAUUCGGGUCUAGCCAUUAAUAUAAAUCUUCCACUAAACGUAAGAUAAUUAUUAUAUCCAGACUCAGUACAAUAUAUAGCAUUGGGUAAAUGUGUACAUACACAGCAUGCAUGUACAUUAUAACUGUGUCUGUGCUUGCCUAUAUAUGUGAGGAGCAGUCAAAAAGAUGUUUAAAAUCAAACCCCUAAAAUAAAGUUGCAAUUACCUAAUGAUAAGCUUAUGUUAAUACUCACGUUUGUAUGUUAUGGUAUAACUUAAGUGAAUAUGUUUUGACUUUCUCGUGUUACACACACAUUUAUGUACCCUAACUCCAAGACUUUAAUAAUAAAGGGCUUCUCAGGCCAUGUCGGAUAAGGCAGUUGUUUUACCAUACUUCACCAUCCUGGACAGCGCAGAUUGGGGCAACCCAAAACCUAUUCACGUAUCAUUCACCACGUAUUAGUUGUGGCCAGGAAUCGAACUCGGGUCGCUGGGUUCAUAGUGCAGUGGUGCGCUAACCACUGAGCCAUCACUCCACCAACAUACCCUUUGUGUGCUAUUGCCCAGAUAAUCUGCUUCUAAUAUUUGAUGAAUUACUUUAAAAAACACAUUAAAAAUAUUUUAAAUAUUUGCUAACAUUUGUGGGAGCUAAUGGGUUUAAUCAACGAUAUAUUUCUGUUUUUUAUUGUAAAAUUUAAUAUUUUACAAAUAACUUGAUGAUUAAGACCAUUUUAUUUUAAUUAUACGAUGGUUUUUAUGCAAAUAUAUGAUACUGUUAAAGUAACAUUGAUGAUGAUGAUGUUGGCAAUGAGUUGAACAAUGAGAUCAUCCGAGGUCCCAACGGUCUUAGCACCCCUCUACGAGUCUGACAGACACAAUCCAUAUUUCAUGACUGUCAACUACAAGAAUGUUACAAUGAUGACGUGCCUACUUGCACACGGGGGUGUUUGUAGUAUCGCCAUGUCUCCUUAAGAGAUAGCAGUGACAUUCUUGCCCCUAGCAAGUGUAAUGUGAUCAGCACACCCUAUUGACCAAUGCCAAACAGCGCAUGUAUCAUUUAUUCCCAAACCUUGUCAAAAGGCUGCCAAAAACAGUGUAAAUGUUUAAUGCUUUGAUUUGGUUUUUACUACUUUUUACGUGCAUUCAAUCGUCUAUGACAUGUACCGUCGUAUUUCAUCAAUAAAUGAUGGCUUGGCAUGCAUAUAA